UUUAACUACACGCGAUGCUACAACACAUCAUCCAAAAGUGUGUGAUUUAAAACAGAAUAAUACUUCGAAAAACGGGCCGAAACUGUUUUUAACACACAAAUAGUAGCCUCGAAUGUGUCGAAUGAUAAAAAAAGGAAAAUGUUGGACUUUAGAGUGAUUGUUAUAGUUUUUGUGACUCUUUUAAUGUGUAAAAGUCAGAAUUUGGUGGAUGAAUUCACAGAGCAUAAACAGAGGGUUUCUAAGUUCGUUUGCGAUGAACCCAAACCUAAAGUUUUAUAUUUACGAGAUUUAUUGACUAGAAAAAUGUUGAGAGAUUAUGAGAUGUUUAUACCGUUUAUGAGACCCUACGCCACGAUUCUCCAUAGAUGCGAAGGCACUGGCUCUUGUUCGAACUACAACGAACGAUGCCGCCCAUACCACCAAGAAACCGUCAAAUUAGUCUUCAUAAUCAAAAUUAAUCAAACCAUAUACAAAACGUUCGAGCUCCAGAACCACACGACAUGUACUUGCGAGCCUCUGGGAUAUAAUUAGCUGUAAUUAAAUAUAUUGUUGCAAUGUUUGGUGCACGUAACUGUGAUAAGAAUUGUUCUGUG